UUGGAACCUGAAGACACUAUAAUAACAUUUAAAAAUAAUAAUAUCAAAAGAAUAAAAACGAUGUAGACAUUAGUUGGGCCUCCUCGACACAUUUUACUAUAACUUUAAAUUUACUUUCAAUUUAAUUAACACUACACCAACUACAGUACACAGUGCUGUUGCUAGGAUACAGCGAAUGCUCGACUGUGUCGGUUACAGACACCGACUAGUAAAGUUUACUGCUAGCUCGAUCAGCUGUCUAACAUGUUUUCUUAAUUUAUUCGGUAACGUUAGCUAGUUUGCUACAUAGCCUGAAUUUACAAGCGGAUUGAGUUUAAGUAAGUCAUCCGCUUGGACACAUCCCUAAGGGUUUUCAUCAAGCUACGCCUGGCCAUGCCAUAUUUUAAAACAUCCAAAAAAAAUCAGCCAUUGUCAACAUUGCUGGUUCUUAAGUCCCAGAAAUGUGGACUAAGGCACACAGUUUUCUCGGUCAAUGGAAAUGAGUACACUGGAGAGUGGCAGGACAACAAAAAGCAUGGAAAGGGAACUCAGGUUUGGAAGAAGUCUGGUUCCAUUUAUAAUGGAGAGUGGAAAUUUGGAAAACGUGAUGGAUAUGGUACCUACAGUGUGCUGCUUCCAGAAACAAAGGAGUAUGCAAGAAAGUACUGUGGUGGAUGGAAAAAUGGAAAGAAGCAUGAAUAUGGGAUGUACUUCUACAAUAACUCAGCCGUUUAUGAGGGGGAGUGGAGUGAGGACCAUCGAAGUGGCUGGGGAAGGAUGUACUAUGAGAGUGGAGAUAUCUACGAGGGAGAGUGGCUGAAGGAUAAGAAUCACGGACAGGGCAUCAUCCGAUUUGCAAAUGGAAAUUGGUAUGAAGGCGCCUGGCGAGAUGGCAUGAAGAACGGAAAUGGAAAGUUCUACUAUUCUGACAAAGGCCAGCUUUAUGAAGGCUUUUGGGUGGAUGGAGUACCAAAAUGUGGGACCCUGUCUGACUUUUGGAGGACUGAAGCACCGACACCGACAAAGUAUCCAAUUCCACCGCUACACCUGGUGGAUAUGCAGUUGGUAUUAAGGGAAGCCCAGUCAGCCUACCUUGAGAGGAUCAACAGCAAGUUUCCACUCAACGACACACCAACAGACAACGAAUAAAAAAAGAAAAUACAUGGCAUUCAGCAUGUUCGGUUUUGUCAAAAAUAUUUGCACCCAAAUAGUUUGUUCGUGUCUGUGGUGCAAACCAAAAACAUCUAUUGAUAUUUCAAAUGAGUUGAAAACAAUAGUGAUAUAAUUGAACAUGUUAAUCCAGUUUACUACUAACACAGAUCAUGAUAGUAAAAAGCUUGCUGCUAACUCUAAUUACCAUAUAAUAGAUCAGCUCAAUUCAACGGUUCCUAAAACAACAUUAGACUAUUCAGUUCAAUUACAUUUUAUUUAUAGUAUCAAAUCAUAACAAGAGUUAUCUCAAGACACUUUACAGAU